CCCGCGGCGGCGGCGGCCGCUGACAGGGCAGCGAGGCAGCGGCGUGUCCCGGCCAGGCGCCCGGCAAAGGCAUCGAGGAUGAAAUUGCUGUGGAAAGCUAAAAUGACCACAAUUCAGGAUGGGGGUGAAGAGGUAGAAGAGGGAGCUGUUUACAGUGUCACCCUGAAAAGAGUGCAGAUUCAGCAGGCUGCCAACAAAGGAGCAAGGUGGCUAGGGGGCGAAGGGGACCAGUUACCUCCAGAACAUACUAUCAGCCAGUAUGAAACAUGCAAGAUCAGGACUAUAAAAGCUGGAACUUUGGAGAAACUUGUGGAGAACCUUCUGACAGCUUUUGGGGAUAAUGAUUUUACCUACAUCAAUAUCUUUCUCUCAACAUACAGAGCCUUUGCAUCUACUAAGGGAGUACUGGAACUUCUCCUUGACAAGUAUGGAAACCUGGAGAUCUCAAGCUGUGAAGAAGUUGAAAGCGAGAAUUCCUCUGAAUCCAAGACAGUGCUCAGGAUUGCCAUAGCAUCAAUCAUACGUACCUGGCUCGAGCAGUGCUCUGAGGAUUUCAGAGAGCCACCCGACUACACGUGUUUGCUGAAGCUGCUGGACUACCUGAAGAAGAAUAUGCCUGGCUCUGGCCCAGAAAGGAGGGCACAGAACCUCUUGGAGCAGUUCCAGAACCAAGAUUUGGAAAUUGAUGAUGGGUUCUAUUACCACUCCCCCUGUAACCUCGAUGAUGAAGAGGAGCUGGGGAGCAGCAGUUCAGAAGACUUCUCUCUUUUCCAAGAAGACCUUGUGGCAGAACAGUUGACAUACAUGGAUGCAAAACUCUUCAAGAAAGUUGUGCCCUAUCACUGCUUGGGAAGCAUCUGGUCUCGAAGGGAUAAGGAAGAAAACAAGCACCUGGUACCCACCAUCAGAGCCACCAUCACGCAGUUCAAUGCAGUUACCAAGUGUGUUCUCAGCACUAUCCUGAAGACCAAAGAACUCAAAACACAGCAAAGAGCCAAGAUCAUUGAGAAGUGGAUUCAUAUUGCACAUGAAUGUAGGAUCCUGAAGAAUUUUUCCUCCUUGAGGGCCAUCAUUUCUGCACUGCAGUCCAACUCCAUCUACCGGCUAAAGAAGACCUGGGCAUGUGUUUCCAAGGACGUAGUGCUGAUAUUUGAAGAGCUGUCUGAUAUCUUCUCAGACCAUGACAAUUAUUUGACAACUAGGGAGCUGCUAAUGAAGGAAGCAACAUCCAAAUUUGCCAAUCCAGACAGCAGUGUGAAGGAAAAUCAGAAAAGGACACAGAGGCGAUUGCAACUGCAAAAAGAUAUGGGAGUAAUGCAAGGCACGGUGCCUUACCUUGGUACCUUCCUGACUGACCUUGUCAUGCUUGACACAGCCCUUCAGGACUUUGUGGAGGGUGGCCUCAUAAAUUUUGAGAAGAGGAGAAAGGAAUUUGAAGUCAUUGCCCAAAUUAUGCUCUUGCAAUCUUCAUGUAACAACUACUGCAUGAUGCCAGAUGAAAAAUUCAUCCAGUGGUUCAGGAGACAGCAGGAUAUAACAGAGGAGGAGAGUUUCAGCCUUUCAAGUGAGGUGGAAGCAGCUGCUGACACCAGCACCACGUCGCCCAAAUCUCGGAAGAGUGUGGUGAAGAGGUUCAGCAUAAUGUUUCUCGGCUCAGAGAUGCUGGCCCAUAGCACACCCAUCAAAGAGCAACCCAAAUCUGCUCGGGGUGGGAGCUCUGGUGAAAGCACAGACUCAGCCAGUGUUUCUUCGUGUGAGCUUAACCACUCUGAACCUGAAGACGUCUGCCCCAGCCCCAUCGACACUCCUGAUGAGGUUCAGAAAAAGCUCUUCUCCUCCUCCCCCACCUCCUCCACCUCCUCCACCACCCCUUCCACGGGCACAUCUUCCUCAGGGGUGUCAUCUUUAAUCACGUCCCCUCCCUUGGUGACCUCCGAGGAGAAGUGCUCUGUCUCUGUGAUGCCCAAUACCUCAAAAGAGCUGCCUCCUGUUUACAACCAGCAAAACAAAGACUCCUGCAUCAUCCGGACCAGCAUCGAGGAGGACAACGGCAACAUGUACAAGAGCAUUGUGCUAACCAGCCAAGACAAGACUCCUGCUGUCAUCCAGAGAGCGAUGCUGAAGCACAACCUGGACGUUAACACUGCGGAGAAUUAUGAGCUUGUACAAGUCAUCUCUGAGAAAAAAGAGCUGGUGAUCCCAGGCAACGCCAACGUCUUCUACGCCAUGAACAGCCACGUGAACUUCGACUUCAUCCUGCGGAGAAAAAUGAUGGACAGAGAUGAGAAGAUGCCCAGUCGCUGCAGCCUGACGCUCCCCAGGACUCCAAAACGGAGCUGCUGGAGCGGGCGGCCCAACAAACUGGUGCUGUGAGGGAGGCAGGGCUGGGAACUGGCUGAGACUGCACCUUGGUGACCACCCAGUGUUACAGAAUCACAGCGGAUGAAUGUAUCAGUAUUCAACUGGGAACACAUUUGAAAUUGGAAUGCAAAGUGACUGGCAGCCAGACCCUCCUCCCCUGCAGCCAGAGAUGGACAGACAUGGAUUUACGGGACAGCACAGACUGGAAUUGUUGUUGUUAUUGUUGUAGUUAAUUGUGGUAGUAGUAAAUUGUAGUAGUAGCAGCAGUUUGUUUGUAGUAGCAGUUAGGUGUAGCAGUAGUAGCAGUUAGUUGUUGUAGUUAGUUGUUGUAGUUAGUUGUUGUAGUUAGCAGUUGUUGCUGUAGUUAAGUUGUUGAUGUUGCUGUAGUUAAGUUGUUGAUGUUGCUGUAGUUAAGUUGUUGAUGUUGCUGUAGUUAAGUUGUUGAUGUUGCUGUAAAGUUCACAUUGCUGUAAAGUUGAUGUUGCUGUAGUUAAGUUGAUGUUGCUGUAGUUAAGUUGAUGUUGCUGUAGUUAAGUUGAUGUUGCUGUAGUUAAGUUGAUGUUGCUGUAGUUAAGUUGAUGUUGCUGUAGUUAAGUUGAUGUUGCUGUAGUUAAGUUGAUGUUGCUGUAGUUAAGUUGAUGUUGCUGUAGUUAAGUUGAUGUUGCUGUAGUUAAGUUGUUGAUGUUGCUGUAAAGUUCACAUUGCUGUAAAGCUGAUGUUGCUGUAGUUAAGUUGAUGUUGCUGUAGUUAAGUUGUUGAUGUUGCUGUAGUUAAGUUGUUGAUGUUGCUGUAGUUAAGUUGUUGAUGUUGCUGUAAAGUUCACAUUGCUGUAAAGCUGAUGUUGCUGUAGUUAAGUUGAUGUUGCUGUAGUUAAGUUGUUGAUGUUGCUGUAGUUAAGUUGUUGAUGUUGCUGUAGUUAAGUUGAUGUUGCUGUAGUUAAGUUGAUGUUGUUAGUUGUUUAGCUGUUGUUGUUUGGUGUUUUUUGUUUUGCACAUUAGCUGAAGAAGGUGAGAGGCCCCAUCAGAGGGGGAAACAGGACUGCAGCGUUUGCCUUAAGAACACCACAGAAGCCAAACACUCUUCGUGAGAAAACAUUUUCCUUUGUGCCAGUAUUACACAGAAGAAACGUCUGAGUUUAUUUUUAUAGAACAGGAGAAGAGAAGUCUCAAUACAAUUCUGCCUGAACCAAGGAGGAGGUCCCGGGUGGCCUCCAGCAGACUAAGGGGAGCACUGGUUUGCAGAAGGUGUGGGUGAGCCCAGUGCCACCAGCAGAUGCUGCCUCCAGGAGGCGUUUGGAUUUGCAACUUGCAGCAGGGGUGGGUUCCUCUCCAGAACACCCAUCCCUGCAGCCAGCAGAAGUGGCAGGUGUGUGUGUUGCUUUCACACAGCUGUCAAACAUUUUCUUUCUUUUUGCACUUGUUCCACACCUGAAAAAUUAUCUAUUUUGGAUUUUUUUCCAAAGAACUUUUUAAAAGAAUGGACUGCACUUGCUUUUAGAUGAAUGUCAUUAUUUGUUCCUGAACAAGACAAACAAAAAAACCUUCCAAAAGGUUUAUAUAUAUAUAAAAGAUUUUUUUAAUUGCUUACUGUAAUCUUUAUACAAUAAGUAUAUAAACUGUUUUUCACUAA